AUGGAUAAUCUAAGCAUCUAUGGCCAUCUCGACGGUGACUUGCGAAAAAUUAAUGUAAACACAGGUAGGAGCUUAACAAAUAUAACUUUUUGUUGCGGAGUGCUGCAGGCACAGCCACCGCCUCCUCCCCUCGAGCAGCUUAGCCACCGCCUCCCUCCCUUGCUCAACAAUCAGAAAGAGACGCUCUCCCCGCUACCGCCAUUCCCGUCCGUCCAUGCGGCGGCCGAAUCACCAAUCUCCACCUACAUGCUCUACCUCCCUCCGCCGCAAGCCUCCGUGGGUCAAUCGCCCUUCAUGUUCCCAUCAUUGUCGCUGCCAUUCGGUUGCUUCCCAUCGCUGCAGUUGCCAUACCCUCUGUUGUUCACUAGCCUGCUGUUUUCGCCAUCAACAGCGGCCGGUCAAUUAGGGUUUCAGCCAAGCCCUAGGUGGAAAGAUCUGCGAGUUUUCUGUUGUUCAUCCAUAGACAACUACAAAGCUGCACUUUGCUAGCAUCCAAAGGCAGCCAAUUGCUGGAAUGUUUAAAUGGAGAAUAAGUCAUAGAACCCACCAUUAAAACCACGGGCACGUUGAGAACGAUCUGGGUUAAUGAAUUUUAGACCGGUCAAGUGAAUCACCUCAAGACAAAGGUAACAUGGAAAGAGUGAAAGUGCUUUUGGUGGAUGAUCGGCAUUCCACCACCGAUCUUUCUUGCAAAGCUCCUAUUCUUAUGGAAUUGUGGUGGUAUGAUUGGAGAUCCCUUUGGGAAGUUGCCAUUUUGUUUAAUAGAAUGAAUUUGUUGGACAAUUGAAGGACAUAGAGGUAAGAUGCUCAAGAGGUACUAUGUCAUUACUCAUUAGUUGUGAACAUGCCAUAUGCGCCAUGCCAAAAAACCAAAGAUCAAUUGAAUGUUUUCCUCUUCAUUCAAUCGUAUUUAUGUACAAAGAACUAAAUGUUUCAAGUAGAAAAGGGAGGGGGAAAAGUGAGAAAUAAAUUGUACACUUGAUGCACCAUUACUACGAUCCAGUUUUAGACUUCAUUUUCCUUUUAGGUCCUCUGAUUUUCCAACGCAGUUGGUUGUGAGAGUAGCUUAGUUUGAUUGUAGCAUCCAUUGCUAUGUAGCAUGCUCACGGACAUAGAUUUCUACAAAAAUGUAGACACGUAUUUUAAUUUCCAUACAAACCAACUCAUGGCAGCAGUCUAUUUUUAACAUGGUAAUGUUUAGCUUAUAGAAAGCAGUAGGCAUGAAGGGCAGUGGGUCAUGGCAUACUUUGCUCAAUGAGCUGGAGGUAUUACAUAAAUAUUUGAGGCAGGUGUGUGUGUGUCACCACAUCAUUAACAAUGAGUUAGACACUUUUUUGUUUUUUUAGUUGAAGUUGGUAGUAACUACUUAACUAGUUUG